GUGACGAUGGUACUUCAGCCGCCGCCAACCGCGGUGUCGGUGCCAAUUCGUCUGGGCCACACCAAGACUCGCGUGACAGACACUAUCAAGUUGCCUACCAUUGGCUCGGUGGGGUUGAGCAAUGCGAAUCCGUUGCGUGUAUGUGGCGUGUGCCGCGAGAACGAAUCCAAGUACACAUGUCCGCGAUGCAAUGCCGUGUAUUGCGGCGUGCCAUGCUACAAGAAACACGGGAUAUCGUGCACGGAAGAGUUCUAUAAGGGUCAUGUUCAGUCCGAGAUGCGAUUGAACAAGGAUUCAUCGGACACGUCGGUGCGCGACGUGCACGCGAUGCUGCAACGCGUCCACGACGACUUCCCCGAGACAUCGCCGAUGGACGCGCGGAUCGACGACCUCGUGGAGCUCAUGGAGAGCAAUGCGUUGACAUUGGAAGCGCUAACAGCCGAAGAACGGUCGAACUUUCUUCGCGAAGUCGCCGACGGGAGGCUCGGCAAGUUUAUUGCGCUGUGGGAACCGUGGUGGAUGCAGUCUCCGUCGUCGUACGACACACACACCAACAACUUGCGUCGGAGUCUUAUCGUAGAUCUACAGGACGAUGAUAGCGACCCAACUCUCGACGACGACUUGACCCAUCCAUUGGGACUCUUCACGGCGUCCAUGCAAUCUGCGCUGCCGUCCCUCCCGUCCCUGCAUCCGAACCCGAACCAUGCCGUCCUCCAAUGCAACCUCGUCGAAGUGCUUUUCGCGUAUGCCUAUGUCAUGCGGGUGUACAACGGCGACUGGCGCGUGGACGUGGAAGAUGCGGCGUCGCAACUCGUGUCGGUGUCGUCGGUGCUUCGUGGCGAUGGCCACUUUGAUUUGGUGACCCACGUGAUCAUGGCGUGCCACGCCAGCGGCGGCGCCGACGCGAAUGAAGCCGCCAAGCACGUGGCGCUCGUGGACGUGGCGUCGAUCUUGACCCACGGCGCGUUCGUGCGGGACAGUUUGACGGACUUGCUCUUGUUAGUUCAGACCAUGCGCCACGACGUCGCGGCGGCGAAAUCGACCAAGAAAGUGCUGGCCCGGGUGGUCAAGAAACUCGAGUUCUACCUCGUCUGGGCGAGCAACGUGCUCACAAACGACGUGAACGCGCUGUCGUCGCUGCAAAAAGACCUCGUGGCGCAAAUCCCGUGAGUGCCUCGCAUUCGCCACGGCCAUUCGCUAAAAUAAACUAUUUUUAUCCAAUCAA